CCGGGAGCAGCGACCGUCAGGAGCCCCAGUGGGGGCGGGUCCUCAGUGCACAACACCCGCACAAACUUUCCCCGAACUCCAGGGAGAUGCCCCGGGCUGCACGGCGGGCACAUGACUGACGCCCCGAGGUCCCGCAAGCAGCGGCUGAUGGCAGCUGUGGAGGAGGAGGCGGCGGCGCCUGGAGCGGGUGACGGGGUCUUGUACUGCUUCAUCUGCGGGGGAGGGGUGCCCCGGGGGCGGGAGGUCCGGCUGCCAGUCCGGUGCCCGGCCCGGGAGGGUUGCGCCUUCUUCCCCUUCUUGCAGCAGCAGGAGCCGGCGCCCGGGGCGGAGCCGCUGAGUCCCGGGGGCAGCGCCCGGGUGUGCGCCGUGUGUCAGCGCUUCCUCGGGGCGCAGUGGGACGCGUUCGAGCGCAGCCGGACGCCGCUGGAGAAGCGCAUGUACUGGCUGAAGAGGCCCUACCAGUGCGGGGGGGACGGGGCCCGGGCGCACCCCCGAGACUGGAACCCCAACUACGACUCCGAGCUCUCCGACCUGUCCGACAACCCGCUGAGUGACCCGGAGGAGGGCGCCGAGCCGCCCAGGAGGGCACCUCCACACAGCGCCCCCUGCGGGGCGUCCCCUCCUGACAGAGCCCUGCAGGGGGCGGAGACCGAGAACGGACACCCGGGGGGGAGCUGCUACAUCUGCGGGGCCCCAGGGCCCGGGCACCUCCUGCACGUGCAGAAGCAGGAGCACAACCCCCAGGCGCCCUUCUUCCCCUUCCUGUGGCUGCACAGCCCUCCGCCCGGUGCCAGCCCCAUCACCCCUGGGGGCAGUGCCCGGGCCUGUGACAGCUGCUUCUCCUCCCUCAUGCAGCAGUGGCACAGCUUUGACAUGGCCAAUGUGCCCGUCCUACAGCGCCUCUAUGUGGUGCCCCUCACUGCCAGCCCCGGGCCAGAAAAGGGCACCCCACCCCGACUCAGUGACACUCACCCCAAGGGUCCAGGGCUGUGCCACCUGUGCGGAGAGGACUGCGCCAACCAAGGUAGACUGGUGCGCUCUAGGAUCAGUAACGGCAACGCCAAGUCCACCAUGCACUUCCCCUUCAUCACCCAGCUGCCAUGCCCACCGGGGUCCAGAGGGCUGAGCCAUCAGGGUGAGGCGCAGAGCUGCAGGAAGUGCUAUGGGGUGCUGGAGGACAUCUGGGCCAUUUACAGGGCAUCUCAGAGCGAGGAGCUCAUCACUUCAGUCCAGAGUUUCCUGAGCCGGUACCACCAGGUCUUCAGCUCCACCGAUGCCAGUCCGCCAGGUAGCACCCCCACCAGGAGGGCAGGGGUGCGUUGUGCCCCUUCUGUCUGCUACGUGUGUGGGGCUGAGCUGGCUCCAGGAUGUGAAUACCAACUCAGCAUCAACCCCCCCAACAAGUUCGCCAACAAGGAGCCCUUCUUCCCCUUCCUCACCGUUUACCCCCCUGCGCCCAGGGCCCGGCCUGCCGACUCCACCGGCCUGGUGUCCACCUGCGGCCUCUGCUACCACGACCUCCUGGGUCAGUGGUUCCAGCACGAGAUGAAGACCCAGCACCCCAGCAGCCCGUGGUCCCGGCAGUACCAGGUGGAGUCCUUUGUGUGUUUCUUCUGUAGGCAGGAGAAGCGGCGCCUGUUGGGGCUGAGGAGCGUUCAGUUGGCCCGCUUGCCCAUCUUCCUGCUGGCACGUCGUACGCCCUACAGCCUCUUCGUGGAUGAUGGAAAACACUUACUCGUUGGAGCUUGUACAGAAUGUAAACCCCUGGCACUGAUGGGCACCAACGUGGUGGCACACAGCGGAGCAUCAACAACCUCUUCACCGGCCACCAGCCAAACCUGCAGCGCAGCCUCUCGCAUUCUUGGACCCAGCAGCUCGACCUCCAAGGUAACAGAACUUGAGCAGAAACCCAAAACUGCAAAAGACCCCUCAACUCUAUCGCAUAUCCAGAAGUCCUGCUCGGAUGCAGAGCGUGCAGAGCCAGGCACUACAGGCAUGAACCAUGAGCCAAAGUCACCUUCCAUAGGAAUGCUUUCUACAGCCACCCGGACCACGGCCACUGUCAGCCCCCUCACUCCCUCCCCUCUCAAUGGCUCCCUGGUACCCAAUGGCAGCCCGGCGGCCAGCAGCGCGAUAUCAGUCCAGUCCGCACCCUCCUCCAGCUUUGCUGCAGCGCUGCGUAAACUUGCAAAACAGGCAGAGGAGCCAAGAGGAUCAUCGAUAAGCAGCGAGUCUUCCCCAGUUUCAUCCCCGGCUACAAAUCACAGUUCUCCUGCCAGCACACCCAAAAGGGGUCCAAUGGGGUCCAUCAUAGUCCCCCCAGCAGGCCACACUGUGCCGAACACCCCACCGGUGGUGACCAUUGCACCAACUAAAACCGUGAACGGAGUGUGGAGGAGUGAAGCGCGUCAGCAGUCUGACAACUCGUCUCGGGCAAACAGCAUCAGCAGAGAGCGGUUGAUUGCAGAAUCCCAGCUGUCCUCUGAGAAGACGGGCGCCCCUGCCGUACCCGCACACCUGCUGGGAAGCACAUAUGCCUUUGCCAUCCCGCCAAGCUCUGUCGUUCAGGAUUCCCGCUUCCAACCCUUAAACCUGCAGCGUCAGGUCCAUCAUGUGGUCCCCCCGAGCACAGUUACUGAGGAAUACUUACGCAGUUUCCGUCCAUACCACACGGCUGAGGACCUGCGCAUGCCAUCGCUGCCCCACCUCGGACUGGACCCCACUGCGGCGGCGGCAUAUUAUCACAACAGCUACUUGGCGCACCACACCUUCACUCACCCGGCAUUCAGGAUGGAGGAUUCAUACUGUUUAUCUGCACUGAGGUCCCCCUUCUACCCCCUCCACAGCCCCGGAUCGCUCCAACCUCUUCACCCUUCAGCCAUGCACCUGCACUUGUCAGGAGUCCGAUACCCUGCAGAUCUCGCCCAUUCGUCACUGUCUGCGCUGCAGUCCGAGCGCCUUACAGCGGAGAGACUUCAAAUGGAUGAAGAGUUGAGGCAGCGAGAACGGGAAAGAGAACGGGAGCGCGAGAAAGAAAGAGAAGCUGACCGUGAACGGGAGAAAGAACGGGAACGAGAGAGAGAGCGAGAGAAGAAAGAGAUGGAAAGGGAGAAGGAGAGAGAAAGGGAGCGAGAACUAGAACGGCAGAGAGAGCGCACAAGAGAGAAGGAGGCCAGUCUCAUUAAAAGCAUGGAGAGCCAGUAUCUGGCAGAGGCCGAGGUUCACCCCCUCCGAAUGCACCAAGAAGAGCGGGUGAAGCCAACUGAACAGCCUGCGCCAACCAGACCGGAAAAGCUGAAAGAACAGUCUGUACAGACUCCAAAGCCAGUCCAACACCAAAUGCACCAACCUCCCAGCACGCACCAUUCAGUGCCCAGUCUGAUCUCCAACCAUACGGUUUUCCCUCCUGCAAACAGCGCCAUGGCGGCUAGUAUGUUGGCUCAGAGGACGCAAGAAGAGGAGAAGUGGUUAGCACGGCAAAGACGUCUACGGCAAGAGAAGGAGGAUCGGCAGUACCAGGUAUCAGAGUUUCGGCAGCAAGUUCUAGAACAGCAGCUGGACGCUAGCGGGCGCCCGAUCAAUCCGCAAGAGGCUGAGCCGAGGCCAGAGAACCUCAGGGUUCUGCCAACACGUAAUGAAGGGACCAUUCGGGAGCCACUGCAGCAUUUCGGAGGGCCGCCACCCCUCAUUUCACCCAAACCCCCACAGCAUUCUGUCCCCACUUCACUUUGGAACCCCGUGUCGCUCAUGGACACCCCCUCUGAGUCACGUCGUAGCCAGGAACCUGCCUCUAUCCAUAACCACACCGCUACUAUUUAUGAACACAGCCGACCAAUCUUGGCCCCUGUCAAAUUGGAGCGUCCAUACAGCUUUGAGAAGCAGCAGCUGGAGGAGGAAGAUCUGCCACGGAGGAAGGAGCAGACGGAGAAGUACCAACCCAUCCGGGAAUCCUGUCUGGAGCACACUGCUUAUUCUCAUGCCCCUUUUCUGGCUGAACUUGAAAAGUCAACACAGUCUUUCCUAAACCAGCAGAGGAGUUCGCUCCAGCAGGCCGGCCAGAUGGCAGAGACCACACUCCUACACAAACCGAACUUGUCGCACAGACCCCCCCCUACAAGGACUCGUGACCCUAUGUAUAUAUACGACGAGUUUCUACAGCAGCAUCGCAGGCUGGUCAGUAAGCUGGAUCUGGAAGAGAGGAGGCGGAAAGAGGCCCGUGAGAAAGGAUAUUAUUACGAUCUUGAUGACUCUUAUGAUGAAAGCGAUGAGGAGGAAGUGAGAGCACAUCUCCGCCGAGUCGCUGAACAGCCGCCGCUCAAACUGGACACGUCAUCUGAGAAACUGGAGUUCCUGCAGAUCUUCAGCCUCACUACCCAACAGGAAAAGGAGCGGAUCCUGCAGCAGAAAAGACGGAAGAGAAGGCGAAUGUUGAGGGAAAGGAGUCAGUCGCCUCCCAUCCAGAGCAAAAGGCAGACCCCAUCACCGCACUCCCCACUGUCUACGCGGUUCAGUCCUGAUGAGCUCAACAACAGCCCCAACCUAGAAGAGAAGAAGAAGUUCCUGACUUUCUUUGAUCUGUCACAUGUGAGCGUGGAGCAGAGAAAAGACAAGGAGAAGCUGGUUGAAAUGCUGCAAACAAUGAAACAGAAGAGCGCGGCGCCCGAGGCAGUGAAGAUUCCCCCGCUGACUUCAUGUCGGGGCAGCUCUCCUCUGCCCACAGGCGCACCCUCGGAGGAUCAGUCCGUCGUUCAACCCCCGAUGCAGCCGGAGGCCUCAGCUCCGGUCCCCUCCACCUCCUCCUCCACAGUCACGGCACCAGAACCCGUGAAGCCUCCAGAACUCAUUCGUCAAGAGCAACCCAAACUCUCGGACAGGUUAGCCCCUUUGCCGGUUGCGGUGCCAGCUCCCUCGUCCAAUGUUGUAAGCACAGAAAAAGUCAGGCAGAACGAGGCCGCUGCUCCUGCGAAAAAGAGCUUGAGCAUCCUAAACAUUGUUCGAGGGCAUCCAGCCAAAGAGAAUCCCGUCCAAGCGUCUCAGAGCGUGAAUGGCAGGAACAAGUCCUGGGAGCCCUUCAUAGCCGAGGAGUUUGCUCAUCAGUUCCAUGAAUCUGUGUUACAGUCUACCCAGAAGGCCCUACAGAAGCACAAAGGGGCGUCUGCUUUGAACUGUGCAGAGCAAAACCACAAACCCGAUGCCUCCGUCCACUAUAACAUUCCUGAGCUGCAGCAGUCCAGUCGGCCCCCAGCCCCACAACAGAAUGGUCCGCAGGGCCCUGGGCAGUCGGGGGUGGUGCGGGGGACUAUACAUCCUGACGUAACCUCAGAGGAAGAGACGUCUGAUGAAGACGACGACGACGAGGAGGAGGAUGAGGCCGAUGAACCACCGAGACCGAAAUGGCAGGGAAUUGAGGCAAUAUUUGAAGCUUACCAAGAACACAUAGAAGAACAAAACCUUGAACGCCAAGUUCUGGAGACGCAGUGCAAGCGACUAGAAGCUCAGCACUAUAACUUAAGUCUGACGGCUGAGCAGAUCUCACACCGCAUGGCGGAUCUGAUGAGCCAGAAGCAGAAAGUGGCCUCCGAGAGGGAGAGGUUACAGGCUGAACUUGAACACUUUAGAAAGUGCCUUGUUUUGCUCCCCUCGCCAUGGUCCAGGGGUUAUUUCAAAGGCCACCCCAGGUGACACCCCCUCCUCUUGCACUAGGUCUGAACGUACAGUAUAGAAAUAUCUAUUUUAUUAUCUUGAUAUUUAAUAUUUUUCACUGGGAGGAACAAAAAGGAGAAAAAAAAAUUGCCACCCGUUUCUUUUACUUCCUGCACAUCAUGGGG